CAUCGUCCAUCCCACCGCUCUUCCGAACGACGCACGUUCACUUGCCAUUGGCUUUGUUGGUCUGAGAGCCCGGACGGUUGGAGUUCCGGCACAUCACAACUACAACUUGUUUGUCUCAUUCCAGGGCGCAGAAAUGACCGGAGAAUGAAUGGUCUUUGGUCCCGCGUCCCCCCGGCGCAGUCAACCUGCCGAUGCGUCUCCUGCCUCAGCACCGUCUCCAAUGGCGUAACGUCGCGAGGGGCUACCACCGCAAGUAAGAGACGCCUCCGGCUGGGCAACUCGAUCACCGCCCUGUACACGAGUAUCUUCGCCGCGGCAGCAUUAGCAGACGCCCAGGCCAAAGGACAGCGCCGCAAUGAGUGGGAGGAGAAGAUUGCGGCCGCGAAGGGCGAGGUCAGUGAGCUGCUCGAUGAGGAGGAACGAUUGGUCGAGGCUAUCUUCGCCCGCCGCAGCCCGACAGUGGACGCAACAUCUCCGACCCGACGCGCCGGCACGCAGACAAGACCGACAUCGCUUCGAUACCAAUGGCCCGCGACGACUGUCCCCGCGCGCUCGCUCCAUACGACUCGGAGCGCCGCCCUCAGCAAGAGCGGUCAACAAAGAGAUGAAAAUAGCAUAGACCAGCUCCAUAAAAUCAGCGAAGACCCAUUGCUGGAAUCCACGGAAGAGGAUAAUAUGUGGCGCAUCGAAGAAUUCGACACCGCCCAAUGGCUCAAAGAGGACGUCAUGCGUCAAAAGGCCAUUCGCAAGAUGGCGCUGAAACAAUUGGCCAUCCGGUUACUACUCCGACGGGGAGUCGCCCAUACGUACCAGGGCCUGCAUAUGAAAUACGCCGUCGACUAUUCGAUACCGGCGCCCAACGUUUCGGAGCUUCUCACGCACUUGGACGCCCUCCGGAACCGGAUGAAGGAUGUGAAGAGCAACAAGCGCUCUAGCACAGCUGACCUGGAAGCAGAGAUGACCUCGAUUCCCGCUCAUGCUCAACUCGAGGAGCGUGCAAAACUCGAUUCGGAAAUCUAUCGGGAUACUAACCUAUAUCUGACGAACCGCAUGUCUCUACAAGAACUUCUUCUUAGACUAGCGAACAAUCUCACGAAAUCCACCGAUCCUGACCGGAGUCUGGGCCUGAAGUAUAUGCUGUUGGCCUUCAGCAAAACCAGAGAGAACGACAUUUGUGACUUGAUUCUACAAGCCAUUAUCCCCCACAAGUUCCCGCUCAGCUCCUCCCUCAUCAUCACCAUCCUGAGUUACUUCCGCAAAUCCAAGAAUCUCAAGGCUUUCGACUUGUUUCUUCGCCAAUUAUCCGGGGAAGGCCAUCCGGUGGAUAUGGGCAAUCUAGGCUACUACAAGAGCGUCGUGGUCAAUGGGAUCGAGAUUCAAGUCCCACCAGUCGACAGCGCCAAUGCCGUUAUCUACGGCACUCUCAUUCGUGCUUGCCUGCGGUUCAAUCAGCCUGACCGUGCGGACGCCUACCUUCAUGUCGCUCGAGCAUCCGGAUACAUGGAUGACUAUGCGACUUUGAGCUCCUACCUCGGGUUUUACGCCAUUCGGGGAGAGUGGGCAAAGGGCAUCCAAGCCAUGCAACGGACGGUCGCUUUCAUCGGAUCGACAACGGAACACAGACCGACACGGGUUGAGCGUUUAAUCGUGAAGAUGGUUUACCUCUGUGACGAAUGCAAGCAAUACAAAGUCUCCAAGAAGAUCAUCCGCGCGUUUGUCCAAAGUGGCUUCGAUUGGAAGUCUGCAGGCAAACAACUCGACCUGGUCUUCGCGUCCGACCCAGAUGGCCGCCGCUGGAAGGCUGCCCUGGCCGGCACCAGUGAAGAAGCCAACGAGGCCUCGGAAAAGACCAUGUGGGAGAAAUGCUACACCUUUGUCAGCGCAAUUGGCGAAUACCUGGACAACCUCACCACUGACCGAGCCUCUACCGUCCAAUGGCAAGAUAUGAUGAAGACCUACGCUAAGGACGUGCUGUCGGCAGUUCUCUCCGGUCCCGUAGCUAAGCACAAAGCUACGACGGAAGGCGGUACUGGCGACCUCGUCGAAGACGACCGUACCUUGCUUCUCAAGGAAAUCAGCAAUCAAGCCAGGGAUAUCCAGCAGCACAAUAGCUCUAUGGUGGCCGCCCAGAAGAACGAGAUCGUCUCCCUCCAGGCGGAAAUCGCCCAGCUUAAGCGCAUAGUCUUCGAUCUGCACCGGACUGUCACCGGCCACCCCCAAACCUCUACUCCCCCGCCUCCUUAUCCUGAUCCUUCCACUAUGACUGCCACUGCAGCUCCACCUACUCAGCCUACGACUAUUGCUUCUACCGCCCCACCGCCACCGCCUUCGCCUCCUAUCCAAUCUGAGCCUCGCCCUCGCGACAUACCAGCAGAUCUGAAGCAUGGAAUCGUCUCCUCUCCGCCCAAAGCAAACCCAGAAUCUCAAGAAUCCUCAAGUGACAAGAAAUGGACCCUCUCAUUCGGAACGAUGCCGUCUGCCAAGCCAUGAAGCUGAAGAAGUAUCAAACCUUGACCUUUGUCCCAUUCAAUUGGAGACAACUCUCACAAGCGAUUGUGCUGUCUUCAGAAAUUGUCGAUUUUACCUCUGCAGAUGGUAUUGCCUUGUUGCCUUGGAAAGAGCCAGGAGGACAAGGGCUAGG